CACAGGAGGGCGGGCAGAUCCGAGGGAACCUUAAACCAUGAAGGCCCUCUUUCUGUUCACCGUGCUCUUCUGUUUGGUCCAAAUGAAUUCAGGGGAUGUUCCACCUGGAAUUAGAAACAUUGUCUGCCUUUCGCAACAUGGAACCUGCAGACUUUUUUUCUGCCAUUCUGGUGAGAAAAAGGCUGACAUCUGCUCCGAUCCCUGGAAUAGGUGCUGCCUACCCAACACAGAGGGGACGAGAAAAGAGAAACCAGAGACCGAUGACGGACCUAGUACCUGAACUGCAAGCUUCAGAGGCAGGCAGGAUCUUGAAGUGUCCUAAGGGGUUAGAAGAAUGCAUAGCUUAUAGUAGUAGGUGCGUACAUAGUAGGUGCUCAACAAAUGUUUGUUGAAUGAAUCCAGCACCAAGGAUGAAAUUCUGAGAAAAGAUUUUCUUUGACUAUACAGUUCAACUUACUUGAAUAAAAUCAGAACGUGCACAGCAUAGGCCGUGGUAGCGUCUAAACUAAAACAAUGAAAGUUUGCCAACGUUGCCUUUUUCUGUUUUGUUUUGUUUUUUCAAGAGUCUCAUAAUUUUAUAA